AUGGCCGCGGAGCGCGGGGGCUGCUCCCUGGAGGCGCUGCCGCUGCCGCCCGAGGUGCGCGAGAGCCUGGCCGAGCUGGAGUUGGAGCUGUCGGAAGGAGACAUCACUCAAAAAGGAUAUGAAAAGAAAAGGGCGAAGCUACUUGCACGCUACAUACCACUAAUUCAAGGUGUAGAUCCAUCCCUGCAAGCAGAGAACAGAAUCCCAGGCUCUUCACAGGCUACAGCUGCUGUAUCUAAACAGCAAAAAUCACGUUCUACCAACUCCAGAGAUGAGCGCUUCCGAUCUGAUGUCCACACUGAAGCAGUACAAGCAGCUUUGGCUAAAUACAAAGAGAGGAAAAUGCCCAUGCCUUCAAAAAGACGCUCUGUUCUUGUACACUCUUCAGUAGAAACAUACACUCCUCCAGACACAUCGUCUGCAUCAGAAGAUGAGGGCUCGUUACGUCGGCAAGGGCGGAUCACCUCCACUCCGUUCCAGAGCCAUUCCAACGUAGAGCCCUGGCUUAACCGGGUUAUCCAGGGCUCCUCCACCUCAUCCUCUGCAUCCUCCACCUCAUCCCAUCCAGGAGGGAAACCUGCUGCUGCUUCCAAUACUGCUACUGCCACUGCUGCCGCCACUGCGCUUGCAGAUCUUAUGGCACACGCUCAGCUAGAUAACCACUCCGCUCCUCCUGACGUAACAACGGGUCUUGUAGAACACUUGCAUCAUGAGCGACCACAAGUAGCAUCAGUACGAGGAAUUCCCAGGGGCUACAACAGCAGCAUACUAGAAACUGCAGAUGGUGUUCCAGUGAAUAGUAGAGUUUCCUCAAAAAUCCAACAACUUCUAAACACCUUGAAAAGACCAAAGCGCCCACCACUGAAAGAGUUCUUUGUUGAUGAUUUUGAAGAACUACUAGAAGUACAACAGCCGGACCCAAAUCAGCCAAAGCCAGAGGGAGGUCAGAUGUCUGUACUUAAAGGCGAACCCUUAGGUGUGGUUACCAACUGGCCCCCAUCUCUCCUGGCUGCUCUGCAGCGCUGGGGGACCACCCAGCCGAAAACCCCAUGUCUAACUGCAUUGGAUACAACUGGGAAAGCCAUCUAUACACUUACCUAUGGCAAACUGUGGGGCCGGAGUUUGAAGUUAGCAUAUACACUUCUUAACAAACUAACCAGUAAGAAUGAACCACUACUCAAACCUGGACACAGGGUGGCUCUCGUGUUUCCUAACAGUGAUCCUGUGAUGUUUAUGGUGGCAUUUUAUGGGUGCCUCCUGGCAGACCUGGUUCCUGUGCCAAUAGAAGUACCACUAACAAGAAAGGAUGCUGGCAGCCAACAGAUUGGAUUUCUCUUGGGCAGUUGUGGAGUAACAUUAGCUUUGACAACAGAUGUUUGUCAAAAAGGCCUUCCGAAAGCUCAAACUGGGGAGGUAGUUACAUUCAAAGGUUGGCCACGUCUUGUUUGGUUUGUGAUUGAUGGAAAACAUCUCGCAAAGCCAGCCAAGGACUGGCAUCCCCAAGUACGGGAUGCCAGUGCUGAUAUCGCUUAUAUUGAGUAUAAGACAAGUAAAGAGGGCAGCACAAUGGGCAUUACUAUAUCUCAUGCUUCCAUGCUGGCACAUUGUCAUGCAUUGACCCAGGCAUGCGGUUACUCAGAAGCUGAAACAUUAACAAAUGUGCUGGAUUUCAAAAGGGAUGCUGGUCUGUGGCACGGAGUUUUAACAAGCGUAAUGAACAGAAUGCACGUUGUCAGUAUACCCUAUGCAUUAAUGAAGGUUAAUCCGCUUUCCUGGAUACAGAAAGUCUGCUCAUACAAAGCCCGUGUAGCAGUAGUAAAAUCACGUGAUAUGCACUGGUCGCUUUUGGCUCAGCGGGAUCAAAGAGAUGUCAAUCUCAGCUCUUUACGAAUGCUGAUAGUGGCAGAUGGAGCUAAUCCAUGGUCAAUAUCUUCCUGUGAUGCAUUCCUCAACGUAUUUCAGUCCAGAGGUUUGAGACCAGAAGUUAUCUGUCCCUGUGCCAGUUCUUCAGAGGCAUUAACUGUUGCUAUUCGCAGACCUCCAGAUUUGGGUGGGCCACCCCCUGGAAAAGCAGUGUUGUCUAUGAAUUGUUUGAGUUACAGCGUGAUUAGAGUGGAUACAGAAGAAAAAUUGUCAGUACUCACUGUACAGGAUGUUGGUCAGGUUAUGCCUGGAGCCAAUGUGUGUGUUGUGAAGGUGGAUGGAACUCCUUAUCUAUGUAAAACUGAUGAAGUUGGUGAAAUAUGUGUGAAUUCUGGUGCAACUGGGACAGCAUACUAUGGUCUCCUUGGAAUCACCAAGAAUGUGUUUGAGACCAGUCCAGUGACAGCAGCAGGGGUGCCUGUUUCAGAUCAACCCUUCACAAGAACAGGAUUGCUUGGCUUUAUUGGACCUGACAGUUUGGUGUUCGUGGUGGGAAAACUGGAUGGCCUGAUGGUGGUGAACAUUCGCAAACACAACGCUGAUGAUGUAGUAGCCACAGCACUGGCAGUAGAACCAAUGAAGUUUGUCUACAGAGGAAGGAUAGCAGUGUUUUCUGUGACCGUUUUGCAUGAUGAUCGAAUAGUGCUUGUGGCAGAGCAGCGCCCUGAUGCAUCAGAGGAGGAUAGUUUUCAGUGGAUGAGCAGGGUUCUACAGGCAAUUGACAGCAUUCACCAAGUGGGUGUGUAUUGUCUUGCUUUGGUUCCUGCCAACACCUUGCCGAAGGCGCCACUCGGAGGAAUUCAUAUUUCAGAAACGAAACAGCGCUUUCUAGAGGGUGCUCUGCACCCUUGCAAUGUUUUGAUGUGUCCUCAUACCUGUGUUACCAACUUGCCUAAACCUCGACAAAAACAGCCAGAUGUUGGUCCUGCUUCUAUGAUAGUGGGCAACCUUGUUGCUGGAAAGAGAAUUGCACAAGCCUCAGGGAGAGAUGUUACCCAGCUGGAGGAUAAUGACCAGGCAAGAAAGUUCCUGUACUUAGCAGAUGUUCUUCAGUGGCGAGCCCAGACAACCCCAGAUCACCCUCUCUUUCUAUUGCUGAAUUCCAAGGGCACAGUAGCUAGCACUGCAUCGUGUAUACAACUGCACAAGAAAGCAGAGAGGGUGGCAGCUGCACUGAUGGAGAAGGGACGACUGAAUGUCGGAGACCAUGUCGCUCUGGUUUAUCCUCCAGGAGUAGACCUAAUAGCAACUUUCUAUGGCUGUUUAUAUGCCGGCUGUAUACCCAUAACAGUUCGACCCCCUCACCCACAAAAUCUUGCUACUACUCUGCCCACUGUCAAGAUGAUUGUAGAGGUCAGUAAGUCUGCAUGUAUCCUUACAACACAAGGAAUAAUGAAACUGCUGAAGUCCAAGGAAGCUGCCACAGCUGUAGAUAUUAAAACAUGGCCCACCAUUUUGGAUACAGAUGAUAUACCUAAAAAGAAGGUGGCUAAUAUUUUUAGACCUCCAUCCCCGGAUAUGUUGGCCUAUUUGGACUUCAGUGUGUCUACGACUGGCAUAUUAGCAGGAGUAAAGAUGUCACAUGCAGCUACAAGUGCCUUAUGUCGCUCUGUAAAGCUACAGUGUGAACUAUACCCUUCACGACAGAUUGCCAUCUGCCUUGACCCUUAUUGUGGCCUCGGGUUUGCACUAUGGUGCCUCUGCAGUGUAUAUUCAGGACACCAGUCUAUUUUGGUCCCUCCUCUUGAACUGGAGAGCAAUGUGUCUUUGUGGUUGUCUGCUGUCAGUCAGUACAAAGUGCGGGUCACCUUCUGUUCUUACUCUGUCAUGGAGAUGUGCACCAAAGGCCUGGGAACACAGACUGAUGUUCUUCGGAUGAAGGGAGUUAACCUGUCCUGUGUACGAACAUGUAUGGUGGUGGCAGAGGAGAGACCAAGGAUUGCACUAACACAGUCCUUCUCAAAAUUAUUCAAAGACCUGGGCCUCUCUGCACGUUCAGUGAGCACCACAUUUGGCUGCAGGGUCAACGUAGCUAUUUGCUUGCAGGGAACUGCAGGACCAGAUCCAACAACAGUCUAUGUAGAUAUGAGAGCACUUCGACACGACAGGGUACGUUUGGUGGAGCGGGGUUCUCCACACAGUUUGCCGCUGAUGGAGUCUGGAAAGAUUCUGCCUGGCGUAAAGGUUAUUAUAGCACACACUGAAACUAAGGGACCUCUCGGAGAUUCACAUUUGGGAGAGAUUUGGGUGAGUAGUCCACACAAUGCUACUGGUUAUUACACAGUCUAUGGAGAAGAGGCACUGCACGCUGACCACUUUAGCGCUCGGCUGAGUUUUGGAGACACACAGACAGUAUGGGCACGGACUGGGUACCUGGGCUUCCUGCGCAGAACAGAACUUACUGAUGCCAGUGGAGAGAGGCAUGAUGCCCUGUAUGUGGUAGGCUCCUUGGAUGAAACACUGGAGCUGAGAGGAAUGAGGUAUCAUCCCAUUGAUAUUGAGACCUCUGUGAUCAGAGCGCACAAAAGUAUUGCCGAAUGCGCUGUGUUUACAUGGACCAACUUGCUGGUGGUGGUUGUGGAAUUAGAAGGAUCAGAGCAGGAAGCAUUGGACUUGGUGGCACUGGUAACAAAUGUGGUUCUGGAAGAACAUUAUCUCAUAGUUGGUGUUGUUGUCAUUGUGGACCCGGGAGUUAUUCCCAUCAAUUCUCGUGGUGAAAAGCAGCGAAUGCACUUGAGAGAUGGAUUUUUAGCUGACCAAUUGGAUCCUAUUUAUGUCGCUUACAACAUGUGAAAAUACAAAACCACACUGACGCUGAAGCACCAAAAUCUAGAGGCAUUCUGAAUAGGAUCUACAUUAGUUUGCUGCGGAUUUGUAAGCUUUUGAAGACCUUAGGAAAAAAGGAGGUGCCAGUCUUCAUGGAACUUCUCU